ACCCCCUUUCGCCGGUCGCGUGGGACAGGUGCGAGAACCGGAGUUAGCAAAAGUUUCCAACGAGUGAACGAGACGCACGAUCUUUCCCCCCCCCCUCUCUCUGCCUAAAGUCCGAGAUAUUCUAGCGCUGGGAACCACCAUGUAACGUAACGCGAUUCUCAACACUAGAGGUGAUUUUGUGGACGGUGCUAAAUUCGGGCUCGCCAGCAAGAUGGAAGAUAGUACCACAACACUGCGCGGCUUCUGAUGCAGUCAAGAUCAUUUAGUAGAAUCCACACAGGAGGAGACCAUUCGGCCGGUCUGCCGUCUCAUGGAAUACAUACAAACGAGGGUGAGGGGAAGAGAGACACUGCCGUCCAACCAGAGUCGAUGGAGAAGCUACAAUCGUUGGAAAACCCCACGAUGUUCCACAAUGAGGUGCACUGCUCACAACCGGUUACAAACAAAAAUGUUGAUAUUAUCAAGAUAAAAAGGAUUGAAGAUAUAGGAUAUGCGCAGUCAGAAUCUGUGGUUCUGAACGCCUUCUCUCCAGACACGGAUGCCCAUCUGACGAGCGGCUUGUACUUCGAAGAUGGAAAGCGCCACGUGGAUUACGUGCUGGUGUAUCAGUAUAAGAAAUCGAGCCGCAAGGUGUUGAGCUCGCGUCACCGGGGCUCGGUGGAGAAUCGGCAGCAGGAAGUGGACAUCGACCUUAAUAUGCAGCCUUCGGAUUUUCCGGAGGAUGACCGGAGGCUACGCCGGGAAGAGUAUGAGCUAAACCUCCUGGAUGCCGGACUGGAACUCGAGAGUGAUGAGGAGAAUGAUCUCAGCUGUGAGCCCAGCCCUGUAAUGAGUAGAGCGAACAGUACUGACUGCAUACAGCAGCAGGGGACCGAUGAUCCAGACCAACUGACUAAGGCCUACGGUCUAGGCUUUGUGAAGAUACACACGCCAUGGCACGUGCUGUGCAGAGAAGCAGAAUUCCUCAAGAUUAAGAUGCCCACCAAAAAGGUGUAUGAAGUCAAGCAGAAAUCUGGCAUCGUCAGCAAAAUAUCGAACAUUUUGCACAAAAUCACUUCGCCGUUGAGACCAAAAGUGGAAGACCAUGACAACGUGACGUACAAGCACCUCUCCUACCCCUUCUCCAGAGAGAAGAAGCAUUUGUUCGAUCUUUCAGAUAAGGACAACUUUUUCAGCAGCACCACAAGAAGCACAAUAGUCUAUGAAAUUUUAAAAAGAACAACCUGCACCAAAGCCAAAUACAGCAUGGGAAUCACCAGUCUUCUUGCCAGUGGAGUUUACAUGGCAGCCUAUCCUUUACACGAUGGUCAUUACAGAGGGGAAGCAACAGAACCAAACGACAGAAAGCUUCUGUACCAGCAAUGGGCCAGCUACGGAAUAUUUUACAAAUACCAACCAUUGGAUCUCGUGAGGAAGUACUUUGGUGAGAAGAUUGCUUUUUAUUUUGCUUGGCUGGGAGUGUACACGCAAAUGCUGAUUCCUGCUUCCACUAUUGGGAUCAUCGUGUUCCUGUAUGGAUGUGCAACUGUUAACGAAAAUAUUCCCAGCAUGGAGAUGUGUGACCACCGGGCCAAUAUCACCAUGUGCCCGCUGUGCGACAAGACCUGCAGUUACUGGAAGCUCAGCACUGUCUGUGCCACCGCGCGAGCCAGCCACCUGUUUGACAAUCCCGCCACGGUUUUCUAUUCCAUUUUCAUGGCUUUAUGGGCUGCGAUGUUCUUGGAGCACUGGAAGAGGUGCCAAAUGAGACUGAAUUACAAAUGGGAUCUCACUGGAUUUGAAGAAGAUGAGGAGCGAUUAAAGGACCAUCCACGCCCCGAGUAUGAGGCCAGGGUGCUGAGUAAAGUUCUGAAGAAAGAACUUCAAAAGAAAGAAGAGAAGCCGGCGGAUCUGGUGGACGAACAGCCAAACAAAUGGAAAAACAGAGUUUUGUCCGCCAUGGCUGGGGUGAAAUUGACUGAGCAAGAGAAGCUGACUUGGAAAGAUCGUACUCCGGCGUACAUAACAAAUAUAGUCAGCAUCCUAUUUAUGAUUGGCCUGACGUUUGCAAUCGUCUUUGGAGUGAUCCUCUAUCGCAUCUCCACGGCCGCAGCGAUGGCCGUGAGCCCAGACGCCUACGCCAAAGCCAAUGUCAGAGUCAUCGUCACGGCCACUGCCGUCAUCAUUAAUCUGGUGGUCAUUCUAAUUUUGGAUGAAGUCUACGGUGCCAUUGCCAGAUGGCUGACAAUACUUGAGAUUCCAAAAACGGACAAAAGUUUUGAGGAAAGAUUAAUUUUCAAAUCUUUUCUGCUGAAGUUUGUGAAUGCCUACACGCCAAUCUUUUACGUUGCAUUUUUCAAGGGCAGGUUCACUGGACGACCUGGGAAAUACACCUAUAUCUUUCGCGACAUGCGGAUGGAAGAGUGUGCUCCUGGAGGCUGCCUGAUGGAGUUGUGCAUUCAACUGAGCAUCAUCAUGCUGGGGAAACAAUUGAUACAGAACAACAUAUUUGAAAUAGGCGUUCCGAAGCUGAAGAAGCUGAUGCGCUACAUGAAGGCAAAAAGGGAGGCCAAGCUGGAGACUGAAACCAACAGCAAGAUCCCCCGGCAAUAUGAAUCGGACUAUAACCUGGAGCCAUUUGCUGGUCUGACUCCAGAGUACAUGGAAAUGAUUAUCCAGUUUGGGUUUGUCACCCUGUUUGUCGCCUCAUUCCCACUCGCUCCACUCUUUGCGCUGCUGAACAACGUGAUUGAAAUCCGCCUGGACGCCAAGAAGUUUACCAGCGAGCUGCGGAGACCCAACCCGGCAAAAUCAAAGGACGUUGGUAUCUGGUACAACAUUCUCCGAGGGCUUGGGAAGUUCGCAGUCAUCAUUAAUGCAUUUGUGAUCUCAUUCACUUCCGACUUCAUUCCGCGCCUGGUCUUCAUGUACUUGUACAGUCCAGACAGGACAUUGAAUGGCUUCACCAACAACACCCUGUCCUACUUCAACGUGAGCCACUUUGAGCUGGGGUCUGAGCCAUUGGAGCCAAUGGCGCUUGGAUACCAGGUUGAAAUUUGCAGGUACAAAGACUACAGAGAACCUCCAUCAUCAUCUCAACCCUAUGAUCUGUCAAAAGAAUUCUGGUCAGUCCUAGCAGCCAGGCUGGCUUUUGUCAUCAUUUUCCAGAACCUAGUUAUGUUCAUGAGUGACUUUGUGGACUGGAUGAUCCCGGACAUUCCAAAGGAGAUCAGUGAGCGAAUGUCGAAAGAGAAGCUGUUAAUGGUGGAGAUGUUCCUGAAGGAAGAGCAGAUCAAGCUGCAGAUAGUGGAGGCGCUCUCCUCGCAAGACAAAGAGAGGACAGAGGAUAGCUCUGACGAAUGUCCCAAGGAGGGUCUGGCAGAGCGGUCCGAUAACUGCGCCGGCGGCGGGGCAGAUUCUUCCCAAUCCCAUCUUAUAAAAGAAACGGAUAUGAUUUAGGAACUGACUUUGAAAAGUAACAGGUUUCUUUAGUUGGGGCAUUCCACAAUAUGGCAAGGUGUCACUUUAACACGGAGCGGCGAUAUCUUGAAGACCGAUAGUCAUGCCUUCGUUGGACGGCUUCUGUUUGCUGCAGUUCAGGUUGCCAUUUUGAAAAUCGUUGUUGCAAGAAUCACUUUCUUUUCACAGAUGAGGUGGACCAUGGUUUAACAGUAAAAAUAUAUUUUGACACAGUGCGAUGCAGGGAACGCCACUGUUUUGUAUUCCACAGGGAUGUUUCAGAUAUUUUCCAUUUCCUACAUAAUACAAGCAAACUUAACUCGAGGGGAAAUAUGAAAAUGGUGGUGACAGUCAGAUUUUUUUUUCCACUACAAUGCCAAUCACUUUGGUUUUUAGUAUUUUAAAUUUGAAUUAAUUUGAGCUCCCUCCUCUGCUGUUUGGUUGUGUGGUUGAAGGGAGACUCCUUCCUCGUAACAGGUAAAUUGUAACGGGUAACUAGGCAAAUUGAGCCUCGUGUGUAGGAUGGUGUUAGGGUGCGGGGAUCGCUGGUCGGCACGGACUCGGUGGGCCGAAGGGUCCAUUUCCACGCUCUGGUCUAAACUAAAAAUAUCGGGAACCAGCCCUAACCUACCCUCCAUUUGAAGUGUCUACACCUUGAGCAAUGAAGCUAACUUCACUUCAAAUUGAGGUUUCCAUUUCAUAAGAGGUGUCUCCUCGCAGUUUGAGAGAGUGUCCAUUUUGAACGUGGUGCUUUAAAGGGAAGCGGGGAGUAUUGAUUAGGAAACUGAAACUUAUUUCUGAGGUCACAGAUAGAAUUUAUAACCCAAUAGCGGCUUUACCGUUAUGGACACGCAUUUGACAAUGGGCAAAGUGUUUAUGUAAUGAAUGGAAAAUUCUGGGAUGUCCUCCUCAGCAGUGCUGUUCUCCUGCUUUCAUCAGCACUGCUAAAAUGGGUGAGUGAAAGUAGUCCCACCCAAGCUGGUUUUACACAGGAGUUGGUGGCGGGUGAUUAACCUCACCAUUGCUUUGCAAAGGCCCAACACCCCCCCUGGUGAAAAUAUCGCCUGCCAUAUAAUGGUUUUCACAAAUGGGUUUUAGCGAGUCGGGAGUCGGCUUCAAAUCACGCACCUUAACUUUUACAAAAGUCCGCAGGAUCUUGAUGAAAGUGCAAACCAUUUACUGGCUUGAGUAGAUAGGUUGUUAGCGUCCGUUUAAUUGGCUGGAUAUAGGGGAUUAAUUCCUGGUGGAGUCCCGAAUUCUAAGAAUUGUUUCUUAUGGAAAAAUAGUGGGGACACGUUUUAGGAUUCCCAACCCGGUACAGAAUUUUAUUCAGUCGACUUUCUGGAUACUGCUUCUAUGAUACGGGAGAAUAAACUGUACGAACAAAAGUCUAAGCCAUCAUAGCUGGAUAGACCAUUUUGUUUCCUCUUCCUCUUCCUCUUUUCCCCUUCUCCUUGUCUCCCAGCCUCCCUUUCCUCUCCUCUUUGAUCAAACUUACACUGCAGGUACAUUUUUUUCCUUGCAGGGAUGGCAGUAAAUGCCGAAUCGAGAUGGUGUCUUUGGCAGACUGUUACAGUGGGAAUUGGGUGUGGGAGGGAGGGAUGUCAUCUGACUUACUGCUUUCGACACUAGAUUAGAAAUGUCACUUUUCGAUUUCACGGGGCUUUUAAUGUCAAGGUUAGAAAUGUGCACUAUUUAUGUAUUGUUUUUGCGAUUUAGCAACUUUUAAGAGCACUUUAGUGUUUAAUUCUUUAUUGUGAUUAUAUCAGAAAAUACUUUAAAGCACAACAUUAUAUAUUAUAUUUGGAGUGAAUUUCCCAAUGUAAAGCAUUGCAACCUGCUACGUUGUGUGUCGGCUGUAUGGGAUUUCAUUCAGUUAAUACGUUUGGUACAAUUACCUCAGUGCCUUUGUUUGUAGUCAGUUUUAUUUUUAUUUUUGCAACAUUUUACACGUUAUUUUGGAUUGGAGCAUUUUAUUCUUUUUUUUCCAUCUUUGUACACUGCCCAAAAUACUAAGCAGAGUUUCAUGAUGCAUGUUUCUGUUCUGUUAUGUUCAUCUCUACAAUGUAAAAUCUCACUAUAUUAUUACACUAUAUUCUUUAGUCAUCUUGAGUUCACCAUCUCACUAAAUGUUUUUUUUUUUGUAAAUGAAACUGGCAGAUUAUAACUUGUAUUUCUUGCUUGAUAUGUAAGAAGGAGCUGCAGAUGAUGGUUUACACCGA